AAGCACGUAGUCAAUGCUCUCUCGUCUUAAUCGCAAGUCGCUAGCAUUUCUCUAACCGCGCACGGAGUUCACGACAGGGCAAGGCAGCGGAGGGUCUUCCAGCGGAGCGUCUAAUCUCAUUCGAAAUCAUCAUCAUCAUGCAGCGGCGUUUCGUGUGCUACGUGGUGCUUCUCAGCACUAGUGUUGUACUGUUGGCCCAAGGUUAUCCCGCCGAUCUUGGGCACGGUAGCGGUAGUAGCAGCAGUAGUGGCAGCAGCAGUGGCAGCAGCAGUGGCGGAAGCGGUAGUUUUAGCAACGCUGGCAGCAGCGCAUUCGGAGCAGGAGGCUUCCCGGCACUGCCACAGUUUGGUCUGCCUUUCGCGGCCGUUCCUUUCCCUCAACAGCCACUCGUUGCGGGAGGGGUAGCGCAACCGCACAGUCCUGGAUGGAGCCCGGAUGUGUUCGGUAAAACGGGACCAUUCCCAGGCCAUUCUGGUAGCUCCAGCAGUUCGUUCUCCAGCUCAUUCUCCUCGUCACACGAUGGCCAUACUAGCAGCGGAUCCAACUCCCAGUCGCAAUCCAUGAGCCAUGGUGGAGCGAGUGCGUCGGGCAGCAGUGCCGGAGCCCAGGCCGGUAGCCACGGAGGGCAUGGUGGCUCGGGAAGCGCUUCUGGUGCCUCAUCGGGUAGUCAAACGGUUCAACAUGGCCACGAUGCUCACAGUGCCUCGGGAGCACAGUCGCAAUCCACCUCCCAGCAAGGACAUGGCCACGGAAGCUCCGGCAGUGCGGCUGGAGCGCAAUCGCAGACGGUACAGCAGGGCCACCACGGACAUGGCCAAUCGGGAGGACACGGAGGGCAUCAUGAUGGAGGUAUCGUCGGUAGCGCCUCGGGAGCACAGUCGCAAUCCACCUCCCAGCAAGGACAUGGCCAUGGAAGCUCCGGAAGUGCAGCUGGAGCACAAUCGCAGACGGUACAGCAGGGCCACCACGGACACGGCCAGGGAGGCAGCUCGGCAGGCGCUCAAUCGCAUUCCCAAUCGACCAAUGUACAUGAUGCCCAUGGACAUCAUCAGGGUGCAGGCCAUCAUGGAGCAGGUCACCAAGGACCAGGACAGCAUCACCAGUCCACUGGUGAAGGUUACGGUGUUCGAAUUAGCACCAACGAAUCAGAGGACGGUAAGGUCAAGAAGACCGAAAGUGAGGCUUGGGUGUGGAGUUAAGGAUUAGGCGAUCGAGAUUCUCAAAACGCUUCGAGGCAGAAGAAUAAAGUCAAGACAAUAUGAUACUCAUA